GCUGAGGUGCGAAAACUGGGCCAGGGGCGGGGCUUUGACCAGCUACUUGAGCGUGAAGGGGCGGGGCCGGCACGAAGGCGCGUCCUAGCUUGGAGGCGGGGCCUGGAUGGGAGGGGCGGGGCCGAGUGCAGUAUCGGGCCAAGUGAGAAGGGGAUAAGAGUCGGGCAAGCAGCUUCAGCCGCAGCCACGGCACGAAGUUGGGUUGGUACGCCGGCACUUCCGGGUGAAACCGUGCGUAUUUCCGGUUAAAAUGGCGGCGCCCAACAGAGUCAGGUGCGGACGACUUUGUCUGUAGGAGCAGCGGCGGCUUGAGGACCCGGGGAGGUGAGAUCCGCCCUAUUCCGGCGCCCCUCUUCGGAGAGGAGGGAGAAGACUUGUUGCUAAGGGGACCAAAGGGCGGGCUUGUUGCUACGGAGGCGGGGCAGUGAGACCCUCAAGAAUCGACCCAUCAGGACGCCAGAGCUGCUUCAGCGGUGACCACCUUCUCCCUCUAACACAUUCUUCCCUUCUUUACAAACGGCCCAUGUCAGACGAAGGCUCUAGGGGCAGCCGCCUGCCCCUGGCGCUGCCCCCCGCAUCCCAGGGUUGCUCUUCAGGGGGCGGCGGCGGCGGCGGCGGCGGCGGCGGCGGCCCCUCGGCUGGGGGCUCGGGCAAUUCCCGGCCCCCACGCAACCUCCAAGGCUUGCUGCAGAUGGCCAUCACCGCGGGCUCCGAAGAGCCAGACCCUCCUCCAGAACCGAUGAGUGAGGAGAGGCGUCAGUGGCUGCAGGAGGCCAUGUCAGCUGCCUUCCGAGGCCAGCGGGAGGAGGUGGAGCAGAUGAAGAGCUGCCUCCGAGUGCUGUCACAGCCCAUGCCCCCCACUGCUGGGGAGGCCGAGCAGGCGGCUGACCAGCAAGAGCGAGAAGGGGCCCUGGAGCUGCUGGCCGACCUGUGUGAGAACAUGGACAAUGCCGCAGACUUCUGCCAGCUGUCGGGCAUGCACCUGCUGGUGGGCCGGUACCUGGAGGCGGGGGCUGCGGGGCUGCGGUGGCGGGCGGCACAGCUCAUCGGCACGUGCAGCCAGAACGUGGCAGCCAUCCAGGAGCAGGUGCUGGGCCUGGGUGCCCUGCGUAAGCUGCUGCGGCUGCUGGACCGCGAUGCCUGCGACACAGUGCGCGUCAAGGCCCUCUUCGCCAUCUCCUGUCUGGUCCGAGAGCAGGAGGCUGGGCUGCUGCAGUUCCUCCGCCUGGAUGGCUUCUCUGUGUUGAUGCGGGCCAUGCAGCAGCAGGUGCAGAAGCUCAAGGUCAAAUCAGCAUUCCUACUGCAGAACCUGCUGGUGGGCCACCCUGAGCACAAAGGGACCCUGUGCUCCAUGGGGAUGGUCCAGCAGCUGGUGGCCCUGGUGCGGACAGAGCACAGCCCCUUCCACGAGCACGUGCUUGGAGCCCUGUGCAGCCUGGUGACAGACUUCCCGCAGGGUGUGCGCGCGUGUCGGGAGCCGGAACUGGGCCUGGAAGAGCUCCUCCGCCACCGCUGUCAGCUGCUGCAGCAGCAUGAGGAGUACCAGGAGGAGCUGGAGUUCUGUGAAAAGCUGCUACAGACCUGUUUCUCCAGCCCAACGGACGACAGCAUGGAUCGGUGAAACCAGGUGGCUUCUUGCCCCUUCUCCGUGGGAACCCUGGGCCUCCUGCCUCCCUCCCCAGCUACAAGGCCCUCUCCCAAGGGAUUGCAGGACCUAGGUGCCUGGACCCUGGGCGUGCUAGCCUGUCUCUGUGCAGUCCCUGGAAGGGGCGCUGAGAAAGGCACCAGCUCCUUGGACCCCACCCCCCAUGCUCUCACUCUCAUCCCCGUUCUCUUGUCCACACAGCUCUUCCAAUAAAGGUAUUUCUCUUCUUCCUCCUCCUCCUUCA